UCUCUCUCUCUCUAUCUGUUUUGUGAGUGCAUGUAUGAGCGCGUCCGUUGGACGGGAGCGCCGGCGUCGCAGAUCGGCGGCGACCCGAUGCCUAAUCUUCUCCUAACAGGUUUUCACUCGCAGUUUGCCUUUUUUUCUCACAAGCGAUUUCUAGCUCGCCGGACCCCAUUCUGGACUUGUCUUGUCUCUCAUCGGAUUCAUCGAUUCAGCUCCGUCUCCGUGCCCUUGAUCUUCGUGAAUUUGGCCGAUCCUCAUCUGGUUCCUCCUCGGGUGGAACAACUAGAAAGGGGUCGCGGAUAAGCAAUCUUCCUAUUUUGGUUAGCUUGGGAGGACGUAAAGGAAACAAGUUUGAAUCUUGAAUUAGCAAAAGGAAGCACGGGACACUUCCUGUAGAUCAUGGCUCUCGGCUCUGUUGUAGCUGCUGUUACUGCUCUUGCUCUUCUGAUACUGAUCCGGUUUCUAUACGUUGUACUUUGGAGUGGAAAAUUGCUUCAUGGGAAAUCCCAAAAGACCUAUAGUACUCUUGUUAUUUUAGGCUCAGGGGGUCAUACGGCUGAGAUGUUGAAUCUCUUGUCUGUGUUGCAGAAAGAAAGGUUUGCACCUAGAUUCUAUGUUGCAGCUGCCACUGACAUAAUGAGUCUACAAAAAGCUCGUGUGUUGGAGGACUCCUUGGUCGAUGUGGCUGGGGUCAGUUCAGGGGAAACUGCAAAGUACAUGCAGAUAUACCGGAGCAGAGAGGUUGGUCAAUCAUAUAUAACUUCUGUUUGGACGACUUUAGUUGCCACUGCUCAUGCACUAUAUAUCAUGAUUCAACUCAGACCAGAAGUGAUCCUCUGUAAUGGCCCAGGGACGUGCAUUCCACUUUGCAUAAUUGCCUUCUUAUUCAAGGUUCUGGGAAUUAGAUGGUCUUCUAUAUUUUACGUGGAGAGCAUAGCUAGGGUGAGGAGACUGUCUUUAAGUGGCUUGCUUCUGUACAAAUUGAGAGUAGCUGAUCAGUUCUUUGUGCAAUGGCCACAGUUGCAUAGGAAAUAUCCCCAGGCUGUGUAUGUCGGUUGUCUUAUGUAGGUGAUUAAGGUUUGUGUUUUACACGAGGAGAAUCAUAGGUUUCAUUCAAAGCAAUCAUUAUGAGGUGGCAGUGGCAUAAAUACAGACCCAACAGUUUUCCUGCCUAGAAAUAAGAUGGCUUGAAAGAUUUUAUUGGGAAGCUCAUAGUGAAUGAUUCAUUUGUUAGUUCUUGCUUUCAAGAGAAUGCAUUUGGCUCGACAUCUCAAGGGAAAAGGAUAUGGUAAUUAUCGGAACGGUGUGAAGGCUAUUUAUAUGGAUAUCAAUAUUUUGUGUCGAUGGGGUGAACAUUGUGCAAGUUUGUUUAAAUCUUGCACAUUAAAUUGGGGAAAAAAUGGUUUUUUGAUAGUGUGGAUUUGUAUGAGUCCAAUCCAAACCCAAUCAUUUCGAUUA